AACAUGAAUGUUCCACUACGGAUUUAAUUUCCGUUACUCCUGACUCUCGGGAUGGUUUUAGCUAGCCGAUGAAUUAAGCUAAUAAUGUAUGUUUGUGUCUCACAAUGUCAACACACUCACGUUUAUAUCUAUAACUUUGAAGGAAUCUGCUGAUAUUGUUGUCUGCCAGAAUGGAACGUGAUAUUUUAGAUGUUCUGGAACAAAUCGGGUAUGACGGACCUCUGCAGGGUGAGGAGACGCUUGUCAAAGCAUGUGAAGGUGGACUGUCAUCGCCUGAGUAUGUCAACCUAUGCAUGUGGUUUAAAUCCCGUCUGAAACCGUUAUGUGACCUGGAAGAGAGCAGUACAUCAGGUUAUGGUGAUACUGAUGGCCUUCAGUUGGAGAUGAGUGGUAUGCUGAAGGAGUUGGAGUGCCCCUAUCAAGGCCUUGUCUCUGGGAUUCUACAGGGAGGGCUGCAGAAUAAAAAAGACCAUCUAAAGAUAGUAUUGUUUUUAGGCUCAGAGGUACAAGCUGCACAGAUAGUGAAGAGCCGACUUGUUGAGGACAAACAACACAAAGACCGAAACGAUCUCCAGGCAAUCUGUGAAACACUGAAGCUCCCACUGCCAAGAAAGCAGGAAGUAGUAGAGCUGUUCUCCAGGAUAGAACAAAAGAUAAACGCAGUGCUUAAAGAGCUUCCAAAGGAUCACAUUGGAAAGCCAGUGCUGAAGAACACUCUCGACAGUGAACAGUGGGAAAGGCUGGAGCAGAUCAACACGGUCCUGUCCUCACAGUAUGAGUGUCGGCGGAGGCUGCUGAUCAAACGUCUGGACGUCACUGUGCAGUCUUUCGGCUGGUCAGACAGAGCCAAGGAGAGAGUUGACUGUAUGGCCAGGGCCUACCAGCCUAAGAGACACUCCCUGGCCCAGAUGUCGUCUGUGGGCAUGGCUCACCUGCUGGCAGCCAGGGAGGACAUCUGCAAUGUGGUGAAGACCAGCAGUGGCUCAAGCAGAGAGAAUACUGCCUGUGCCGUCAAUAAGAUCCUGAUGGGGAGGGUGCCAGAUCGCGGUGGUCGGCCCUCUGAGAUAGAUGCCCCCCUCCCUGAGAUGCCAGCCUGGCAGAAGAGACAAGACGGAGGUUUUGGCGGCCGUGGUGGUGGUGGUCGAGGAGGUGGUGGUAGUUGGGGAGGGGGUAAGGGUGGCUGGCGAGGAGGGGGUGGAGUAGGAGGUGGCGUUGGUUGGGGUCAUGGAGGAAAGAGAGGCCGUUAUCAAUACUAACAACAAUGAUUUAUUUUUGACUGAAAAGCCAAACCGUGUUAACUGAAAACUACUCAUGUGUAGCUGCUUUGCUAAGGGCAACACGGAGGCAUUGUUUAUUUGGAGUGAUGUGGACUUGACUGAGAUUUACAGAAUGCUACUGUAGGAACUCUCCAAAAUAUUUGUCACCCGUUUUUGUGUUAAUUUUCAAUGCUGUUAUGAACUGUGCUGCUGAGAAUCGUUGUAGAAGCAACGAGUCAAACUCACUGACCAUUUUUUAUAGAUUUCUUUUAUUAUUUUGGUAACACUACUUGACACCCAGUGUUAACACAUUAUGACACGGUUAUAAUACUGUCAUGAUGCAUAUAUUUACACCGGUUGUGACAUUGUGUUAUUUUAUUGCUGGUUAUGACACCUACAUAAGUGUCAAAACCCACAUUUAUUCAAAUUAGUUUUUUUCCUGCCAAGAAAUGUCCUUUCAUUUGAAAGUUUCUCUUUAAAUCCUUUGUUUUUGUUUAGUCAUGUAUUUUUUAAUAAAUGUUUUAAUAACUUGAA